GCAUUUGUUUAUCGCAAAAGUGAACCGUAUAUAAAUUGAAACAUAAAUACAUAGUGCCCAUAUUGCUCGAACUUUUUCAACAUGUCAGGCAUUAAAAAGUGUGGAAUCACUAUUGCCCUCUUGAAUGCUAUAUAUUCAUUUGCAUACAGUUAUACCUCUGCCAAAGAUGCGCGUCAUGCGGAUAAACAAGAUGUAAUGCCUUUCGUAUGGUUAAUCGCCUAUUUUAUUAACGAGGGUCUGAACCUAUUUCUCGUUCAUUGGUUAUUCCACAACGAUCUUAGAGCCAUAAUGCUGUGGUUCUCUUACACUGGAUUGAUACUUGUAUAUCGGAUCUUUGGAUUGAACUGGAAAGAACGGAGUUCAAAUUACAUAAUUAUCGCAAUGGUUGUAAAUGCUUAUAUACUCAUUUCGUCUAUUGUUAUGUAUAAAGUCGUUGCUCACAUCAAAGCACAAAAUGCCGUAAGAUUGGAAACUGUCCAAAAUCUGCCAGGAAAUUCAAGGAGAACAGCUAACAGAACUGGAACCGCUAACACUCCUAGAACUUAUGGCUGGAAUACGAAUAAUUCAAGACAUUAUAGUACACAGCCCGAAUUCUUUUCAGAAAUACUUGUGAAUGAGAGAAAUAAUGAGUCAGUAUUCAGCGAAAGAGAAUUCGGAUGCAUUGCCUCAAGUGUCUUGAAUCACCAAGAUAGUUCCAAUUCGAAUUGUUGUGAUAAUAGCUGUGGUGCAGAUAAUCAAUCUGGAGGAGGUGCCGAUGGAGGUUGCUGCGACGAUGGAGGUGGAUGUGACAGUGGAGGAGGCUACGACGAUGGUGGUGGCUACGACGGAGGAUGUGACGCUGGAGGAUAUGAUUGCGGAGGAGGCAAUGAUGACUGAAUCUUCAACUGCCGUCAUCUUUAAUAUACAAAGAUUAUUUGACUAUGAAUAAUCAUCUCGAAUAAAUCCAAUGAUAACAUAAAACCAAUUAAAACCUCAGCAAAUGCCAUUCGAAAUGCCUUAAGAAACUAUGCAUUUAAAUUUAAUUUAUUUUACCAAGUUUUUUGUUCGUAUUGUAACUAAUAAUAAUAAAAGAAUGUACAAUUGGUAAAUUUGUACCCAUCCAACACUAA